GUUGAGCUGAUGGUGCAGUUGAACUAUUUUGCAAUGAGACUUUUCGGGUUUUGCUCAAUUGCGCUAAAACGGGACAUUUUUCUGUCGGGAAUAAUUAAACAAUGUCUUAUCUGACACUGAGUUGAUCCUGGAGAACCGGACAUAAGUUUCUUCUAUUGAAGUUUUUAGUUUGAAGUGAACAGUAAAAAAAGAGUUUUUUUAAGUGUCGACAUUGACUUUUUGACGUUAAAGUGGAUACCGACAUGACAGUGACUGGAAACUUUGGAAUAAUGCACAGGCCCUGUUUUUCUGGAUAUCCAUUUCAAGGUCAAGGAAGAGUCAAUCAACUGGGCGGAGUUUUUAUCAACGGCAGACCGCUACCCAACCACAUUCGACUGAAAAUAGUGGAAAUGGCCGCUGCAGGAAUAAGACCCUGUGUCAUUUCGAGACAGCUGAGAGUAUCCCACGGCUGCGUGAGCAAAAUCCUGAACAGAUACCAGGAAACUGGGUCUAUCCGGCCCGGAGUUAUCGGUGGCUCUAAGCCCAGAGUAGCUACGCCGGAAAUAGAGACGAGAAUAGAGCAGUACAAACGAGAAAAUCCUUCAAUUUUUAGCUGGGAAAUUCGUGAUCGAUUAGUGAAAGAAGGAAUUUGUGACAGGAGUACUGCCCCAAGUGUUUCGGCUAUAUCCAGACUACUUAGAGGAAAAGGAGAUUCAGAUGAACCGACAGAUAAUGAAGGAACGUCUGACUGCGAAAGUGAACCUGGUAUUCCCUUAAAAAGGAAACAGCGAAGAUCACGGACCACAUUCACUGCCCACCAGCUGGACGAACUAGAAAAAGCCUUCGAAAGAACCCAAUAUCCUGACAUCUACACCAGGGAGGAACUGGCUCAAAGGACCAAGCUGACAGAAGCCAGGAUUCAGGUUUGGUUUAGCAACCGAAGAGCAAGACUCCGAAAGCAAUUGGCCAGCACCAGCUCGUCGUACAACCCCAUAGGCGUGGCCUAUUCGUCCCCUACGACCCCUUACGGACAGGGGAUGACGUCAUCUAGCGAGGGUGGAUUCAAUUCGCCCGCCAAUCAAAUGACGGACUUAUAUACGCCAGCACACGCUCACAGCACCUCCCCCAAUCUACCCCUCGGCGAGGUAAAGUGGGAACACCCCCUACCGCACAACCCCUUCCCCUCUCAUCCCAUGUACCCCCCUAACCCCGCCAACCUGAUGCCUAUCUCGCCGAUCAACCAAACUGGUCACAACAUGACACCCCCCACUUCCAUGACGCACGUGACUUCCUCUUCGUCGCCUAAUAUGACGUCGAAUAAUAAUGAUAUGGCCUGCGGCACUGGAGUCAACUUGGCUACGUCCAACGCCAAUAAUAACGGAAUGGCGGCUAGUUCGGUAGGAAGCAACAACAUGCAAGCUAGUAAUAAUGCGAAUAAUAUGGCCUCUGGUGAAAAUGGUACCACCACGCUGCAGAAUUUGGAUCAAAACGGGAGUACUUUGGAUGGGAAUGAAAAUAAUAUACAUCACGGAGUAACAGGAAGUCCAGGAGCGGGACAUGGAUAUGGAAAUAUGCCUCCUACGCCUACCAGUAUUGUUACGAUGUUGGGACCAAACAGUGGUAACAGUUCCAACAGCACCGAGGGCAACAACCAACAGCCGGAACAACCUGGCAACAUCCAACAGCACCUGCCAAGCUGGCAAAUGUCGCCCAAUCAUCAACUACGCAAUUUGAGUCCGGUGAAUGGCCAUAAUCAAUCUGGCAAUAUCGGUCAAAGUCCCGGACAACAGUUGGGCGGUUUUGGACAGAAUAUGUACCACGGGUACUCGAACCACGGUCAUAAAGGUUUUGGGCACCACUACAACUGGUGGUACUGAUUAAAGUAUUAGAUAUAUUUGUAAAUUUUAGAAUAAGUUAGGAAAGUUACAUUGAGUGCGGAAAAUUCGAAGCCAAAAAUACUGUAUAUUAUUUGUUAGUAAUA